UCUAUUAGCUCUAGAGCUUUUAAUUAUUUAUCUUUCAAUCAUUUUCCAUAUCCACUGAUUUUAGAAAAAUCAAUCGAUUGAGUUCUAAUUCUUAUUUCAGGUGUACGUAAUAAGAAAUUUUGUGUUAACUUUGAAGGCAAUCGUUCGUUUUUUGCGGUUACAAGGGCGGGAUAAAUUCACUUCUAAGACGGUAGACUAUCACGAUCUUACAAUUCUCUCAUGGAGUUGAACGAGGGGACGGCUGGAAUUGGAUCUAAUAAGACGGCGUCGGAGAGUGAUGAAGUGGCGGCACCCGAGUCGUUGCAAGUUACCGAUGAAAUCCGCUGUUUGAUGUUGGCUCCGGUGACCGAUAAUGCUAGUUCUUUCACGGCUCUGCUUGAACCUCCGGCUCUCCAAGCCGUUCAGCUCAUUCAAUCUCCGGACUCGUCUAAGCUUAUUGCUGCUCAAGCUCCGGCUCCGGCUCCGAACGUUGAUGAUUUCAAAGCCAGCUUUCAUUUUCCUUUUAAUAGUGGGUUAAUGGAACGAGCGGCGAAGUUCUCUAUGUUCACCGGAGAUGAUAUUGGUAACAUCAACGGCAAUAACAAAAGCAACUCGCCUGAACCGAGGUUGUACAAUUCAAGCGCCAGUCACCAGAAACCGGUGAAGAGUGAGCCGGGCGAGAACGAGUCACCUCAGCAGUUAGUUUCUGAUCCAACGGUGGAGAACCGGAGUAUCAAGAGAAAAGACCAAGGAAAGGUCAAAGGGUCGACAAAGAAAAGCAUAACUGCGGCGGAAGAGAGCUCCGACGACACCGAGAAGCUACCUUACGACCAUGUUAGAUCUCGCUGGGGACAAGCCACGGAUAGUCAUUGCUCAGCUGAGGGAGCAAGGAUAGAGAAGAUAAAUGCACGUAUGAAGCUUCUACAGGAGUUGAUUCCAGGAUGCAGUACGAUCUCGGGGACAGCGUUAGAGUUGGAUGAAAUCAUCAAUCAUGUGCAGUCCCUACAGCGUCAAGUGGAGUUCUUAUCAAUGAGACUCGAUGCAGUUAACCGAGGAAUUGAUUUCAACCUCGAUAGUGUAUAUAGUGUAUUCACAGCAGACAUUUGGAUCUUUCUCACUGUCAACCUUGCUAUAGAGAUUAUAUCGGCAGUUUUCGACCAGCUUGCUUCAGAGCGUAAGCCGGGAUUCGCCUUGGCAGCAAUGUUAAUGGCUCUCACAGGUUCGUUCGGAUGCAUAUCCGAGCUAACUUAUAAGGGUAGAAAGGAAAAGGGCAGAUGGAGAUGGGAUAGCCCCACAACGUAUAUGCGUUUCUGUAAUUUUGCAGAUAUAUUUGGAUUGGUAAGUGCCAUACUUCAAAGUAUUACAGCAGUUGUGGCGUAUGUCCUUUAUCUCCGGCAUUCUGAUAAUCCCAUCAAGCUCAACUUUUGGCCAAUUCUUUUUGCAAUUGCUCUUUUGUGCUCUCAAUUUCUAAAGGAUCGAAGUCGGAAGGCUUCUCGGCUUUAUCAUGAAGGUCAUACUGCAUAGCUUUUUUGUACAACUAUAUGUGCUGCUGAGAUUUUGUUGAUGAAACA